AUGGAUGGAUCCAUAUUAAAAACUCCACAACAAAAGAACCGUUCCACGUUGUUAGAAUUCAUCUUAAUUGGAUUUUCUGAUGUUCCCAAUUUGCAAGAAUUUCUUUUUGUGGUGUUUUUGAUAAUGUAUUUAAUUAUUGUGAUGAGCAAUAGUUUUAUCAUCAUAAUUACUAGGACUGACCCUUCUCUGCAGACUCCCAUGUAUUUUUUCCUUGGAAAUUUUUCUUUCUUAGAAAUAUGUUAUGUGUCAGUCAUUCUCCCCAGGUUAUUAACCAGUCUCUCCAGACAAGACAGAAGCAUUUCCAUUAUAGCGUGUGCUACUCAAAUGUAUUUAUUCCUUUGUUUAGGGGCCACUGAAUGCCUUAUUCUGACUGUUAUGGCUUAUGACAGGUAUGUUGCCAUUUGCAACCCAUUGCUCUACCCUGUCAUCAUGAACAAUAGUUUCUGUAUACAAUUGGCAACUGGCUGUUGGGUAUUUGGAGUUCCUGUGCAUAUAGGGUUCACAUAUUGGAUCUUCUCUCUACCAUUUUGUGGAUCAAAUCAGUUGAAUCAUUUUUUCUGUGAUGUACCUCCAGUAGUGAGCCUAGCUUGUGGGGACACUUUAAUGCUAGAGGUGAAGGCGUAA